CCAAGUUUUUUCAACGUUCAAAUUAUGUUUAAGUUUAGAAGUGAUACUUACACAUAAAAUAUAGAAACUGAUAUAUCAUAUCAGGACACAUAAAUAAAACACUAUUGUAUGUAUAUAUAUAUAUAUAUAUAUAUAUGUAUAUAUAUAUUUAUAUAUAAAUCUUCAUAUGCGCGUGUGAAUGCCUUGUAACGCGUACAUGCAUACCGUAUUUUGUCGGUGAUUCUCUUUGUUAGGCCGUUCUGCAACUAAACUAUAUACUUGUAUAGUGACAGGUGUGUGACAUGGAUAUACAUAUGUUGAAUCGAGAAUGCUUCGAGCACUCACGAUGAAAAUAUCUCGGUGAUUUCACUUUUCCGCGUACUUCAUAGCUAAAUAGAAAAUCUAGUAUCAAUUUAACCAAUGGAUUUUUAGGAUAGCAAAGAAAUAAUUCAAAUACUUUUUCUUCAGGUAUAUUUGUUCUCUGAAGACUAUCGAUAAUGUCAGAUCUUGUGGGAAACAACAGUCACAGUUCUAAUAUCACAAACGCUAGCAAAGUGCCAGUUACGCUACCAAAGUCCCAACCAGUACGCCUCUUAUAUUUAUGUGAGAGCGACGAAGAUGAUGAUGAUGACGAAAGCGAGGAGAAACCCCGCGAAUCGGAAGACGAAUCAGAUUUGGAUGGAGCGCCAAACGAUUUCGCUGAAGAUGCACCAUGGGAAUCGCGUGCAUAUGAAGCACCAGACGUUAAUCCCUCGAUUGUUUCAACAGACGGACUCUCGAGAACUACGUGCAUAUUGCCAAGGGAUGGUUGUCCAAAUGCGACUAAUAUUUUUUCCAUGCAAAAGAUAAACUAUGCGAGCAAUGAGGAAAAAUGCAAAGAUGAUGUAAAAUCUGAAGAUAAUCUGUUAGCUGACGAUUCGAAUAAACUAAAAAUUUGUGACUUCAAACAGGAGAAUAAUUCACAGAACUAUCAUAAUAGCUUUGUCUCCUCAAAGAGCCAAGCUGAUAUUGUUCAUAACUGUUCGACAGAAGUGGCCUUUCCUUUGUCAUCGCUGAUACCAGGUAAAGGGGAUUACAUUGAAAAACCUGAAAUGAAUAAGAACCUGCAACCGACAUUAAAUAGUACACGAUCGAAUCUCGAGAAUAUUUACAUAUCCGAUUUGUUGAAUAAGAAAAAGGAGAAACAAUCAUAUAACACAUUGGCUGAUAAUAAAAUACUGCACAGGAAGAGUGAGCUUAUGUUGAAUUUAAACAAGGAGGAUCAGCGAUAUAAAGGAAUGCUAUAUGAUUUUAACGACCAGGCGAAUAAAGAUUUUAACGAGGAGCCUUGCAGGAUGCCAACCAUCGUAUCGGAAUCUGCUAGCUGUAUAUCUCAAAACUUAUCCGGGAAUUUAAUACAUCCUGUACAUACAUACAACUCGCAAUACAGCACCUCCAAGUAUGAAGCGAACGAAAAGUGUACGCCAGCGAAAAACCCGUGCACACACAUGGAAUUAAGUACACCCUUAUUAAACGAAGUUCAGCGAACAUCGUUACCUACUCCAAUUAAUCGUUUAGUCUUGGAAACUCCGUUGAAACAUCUGUCAGUUGGUUCGGUGCAUCCGAAUCCAUGCGCAUCGCAUAAACAAUUGUUUCGGACCCCGCAGAGUAAAUUGUCUGAUGAUUUAAGCAAAAGUCACAUUCAAACUCCUUCUACCAUAUUGUCCAGUUGGUGUUACAAUAACACACUAUUAGAAGGAAAAAACCUCAUUGCAAAGGACCAUACACAAAUAUCUAGAAAUACUGUUUGUACGCCUAUUGUAGAGAAGCCGGACUCCGCGAGAGUGAAUGCCAAGAACGUGAGACGGCCUUUAGCUGAUGCUACGUUAGUAUAUAGCGAUUCUUCGGUAGUUCAUCCUUUGGAAUCGAAGCCAUCCGUUACAUUACACGCACGUAUUGAAACAAAAACCGUCGCGUCUGAAUUACAACAAGAAGACAGAAGCAAGAAAUUGGAUGCAAAAUUGCUGAUGCAGACAGAAAUGAAUUAUCAUAACGAUCCCAAAUUUGUCAAACCUACUGAGGAAACGAAGGACAACAAACAGUUCACCAAUAUGCCUGACACAUUGCUAGCAAGUAGCACAAAGAUUGUGCCGAGUAAAAAUGAAAUUAAACGAAAUAUGAUAAUCGGAUCUGAUACGGGCCUAAAACAUUCCUUGGAUUCCUUGCAAAUCCUGAAUAAGUAUAGCGAGGGAGAUUACGGGAUUGUAUCGGAAUGCAAUCGUUAUUCAGUUCGCGAGAAGAAACGCGAAGAGGCUCAACAGAUCGUAGAUAGAAUGACGAACAUGCAGUUUACCAUACCAUCGAGCAUUCCUCCCCAACGACAAGGCAAAACAUUAUAUGUGAAAGACAGAGAGUAUUUGAUCUUGGGUUCUCUUGGUCGUGGAAUGAGCGGCGAAGUUCUACGAGUACAGGAUAUAUCUUUCGGCGAGUUACGCGCUAUCAAAUGCGUCGACUUAAGCAAGAUGGACAAAGAAUCGGCCCAGGGCUGCUUGGAUGAGAUUUCCAUGUUGCGUAAAUUACAGGCGCCCUGUAUCGUCAAAAUGUUUGACUAUGAAAUCAGAGGAUCUAUGGUUUUUGUAGUGAUGGAAAUGGGUGACACCGAUCUCAGCAGACUUCUUAAGUCCAUGUCCCAGGAGAAGCAAAUUUCUCUCACAAUGAUUCUGUAUUACUGGACAGAGAUGCUCACCGCUGUAAGACACAUACACGAUAAUGGAGUCAUACACUCGGAUUUAAAACCGGGAAACUUUUUAUUGGUACGCGGCCGGCUCAAAUUGAUAGAUUUUGGCAUCGCUUCCAGUGUAAAUUCUGACAUGACAUCUGUUCUGAAAAGUAAUACAAUUGGAACAUUGAAUUAUAUCAGUCCAGAAGCCCUAAUGGACAUCGGUAGCAACACGGAUUCGCCUACGCACAAUGUUAAAUACAAAAUAAGUUUCAAGUCGGAUGUAUGGUCAUUGGGAUGCAUCCUGUACAGCCUAGUGUAUGGCCACACACCGUUCCAACAUAUACGUUCUCAAUGGGCAAAGGUGAAUGCCAUAACUAAUCCGAAACUGAACAUUUUGUUCCCGGCCACGGCAUCUUUUCUGGCGAGCGGCAAGGAUCUUCAGGAUCGCGAGCGCACGCCGCCCAUUUUGAUCGAUGUGAUGCGGAAGUGCCUUCAGCAUGAUCCGAAAGCGAGACCCACGGUCUCGCAAUUGUUGCAGGUGCAGUAUGUACCCACCACGCAAAAUGUCACGUCAAUCACGACAUCCGCCAACAUUCCGGCGAACAUUCUCGUGAAAAUAAAGCAAGCUUUGAAUGAGGAAGAGUGGCGACAGUUGGUUCAGGUAUUGGACACAAAGCGACAUUAUACAUAAUAUCAAAGUAAUAACUUAUAGAUUUACUGAUGUACAUAAAAGUAUUUGUAAAUACAUACAAGAGACAAUUUUCAGCGAGAUACAAAUGUAUAGAAACAAUUGGUUGGACAUGUGUAUCAAGAACAAGGCUAAUGACGAAAAUAACACACACACGUACACACACACAUAUGCAUAUAUAUAUAUAUAUAUAUAUAUA